AUGGAAUCCCAAAAUGGAGAGGAUGUUGCUUCCAAUUUGCUCAAAGCUCAAAGCCACAUAUGGAAUCACAUUUUCAACUUCAUCAAUUCCAUGUCACUUAAAUGUGUUGUUGAUUUAGGCAUACCAGAUAUCAUUAACAACUAUGGCAAACCCAUGUCACUCUCAAAACUCAUUUCUUCACUUCCGAUCCAUCCUACGAAGAAACCUUGCAUUUAUCGCUUGAUGCGAAUCAUGACUCAUUCUGGUUUUUUCACUCAGCAAAAUGUUACAGAGAAUGAAUUAGAAAUUGAGUAUACGUUAACUGAUGCAUCUAGGUUAUUACUUCAGGACAAUCCAAUGAGUGUGACACCAUUUGUCCAGGCGAUGCUCAGCCCGAUUAUGACAAAUCCAUGGCAUCAAAUGUCUACUUGGUUGAAAAAUGAGGAGUCUUCCCCAUUUGAAACGACACAUAAGAGGUAUUUUUGGGAUUAUGCAGCUCACGACCCAAUAUUUAAUCUUUUAUUCAAUGAAUCCAUGGCAAGUGAUGCUCGUUUAGUGGGAGAUCUGUUGAUUGAGAACUGCAAGGAAGUGUUCAAUGGAUUGGAGUCAUUGGUUGAUGUUGGAGGAGGCACAGGGACCAUGGCAAAGGCUAUUGCCAAAUCAUUCCCACAAAUGGAAUGCAUUGUGUUUGAUCUGCCACAUGUUGUUGAUGGCUUACAAGGAGUUGAUAACCUAAACUAUGUUGGUGGAGAUAUGUUUCAAGAAAUUCCACAAGCACAUGCCAUUUUGUUGAAGUGGAUAUUGCAUGAUUGGAAUGACGAAAAAUGUGUGAAGAUAUUAAAGAAAUGCAAGGAAUCAUUGGAGAAAAAAGGUAAAGAAGGAAAAGUAAUUAUCAUUGAGAUGGUGUUAGAGAAUGCGACGGAAAAUAUUAAGGAAUCAGUUGAAACACAACUCUUCUUUGAUAUGUUGAUGAUGAUAAUACCAGCUGGAAAAGAGAGAAAUAAGAAAGAAUGGAUUAAGUUGAUUUUAUCAGCAGGUUUUAGUGAUUAUAAAAUAACUCCAAGUUUAGGCCUAAGGUCUGUUAUUGAGAUCUAUCCAUAA